AUGCCCCAAUUUGAAAGCAGCAGCAUUAUAAACCUGCCCGCCCUUCCUCCUUCCUGCCAUGGCUCAGGGGAAAUUCCCCCUUUCAAAACCUCAGGAGAAAUACCCCUGUUGGGUGACCCAGGGUAUCAUUUAGGGGAAAUACCCCCAUUUGACGAGGCAAUGCUGGAACCGUUCCGGCUUUCUGGGGAGAUUCCUGCUGACGUGGCAGCGGCGUUUGACCACGCCAGGUCAACGUUUGCAUGUGUGGAGUCCAUGUGUCCCACAGAUACCACCUUCACCUCUGCUGCUUCAGCCUUCCCUGCUGCUGCCGUCUCACCUGCUGCCGUCUCACCUGCUGCCGUCUCACCUGCUGCGGUCUCCCCCUCACAUGAACAUAGCUGUCUGUCCUCCCUGCUACAGCCGGCAGCAGCACCACCACGUCCACCAGAGCAAGCACAUGCUACAACCGCCACUCUGACUUCAACCGCUGCUUCUGCUGCAGCCGGCCCUGCCUGUAGCUUGCCUGCCCUGCUACAGCCGGCAGCACCACCAUGUCUACCACAGCAAGCACAUGCUACAGCCGCCACUUCGAACCCUGACACUGCUGCUGCUACAGCCUGCUACAACCCCAUACUACCCAUUGGGGUUUCAGCAGAGUCCCCCAGUGCGGCUCAACCAGCAGCUUGCUGCAGCUGCCGCCUACCACCCAAUCCUGCUGACGCUGCUGCUACAACCCGCUACAGCUCCAUACCGACCCUCGGAGGCUCGGCCCGUGGCAGUGAUCUUCGAGCCUUGGAACUAUCCGAACCUCUCCCCCCAUCAGCAGUCUCUGCAGCCGCAGUAGCCUGUACGGCCAGUCACCCGACCAAUCCACAUCCCUCCCAACCGCUUCAUCUUGUGGAGAGAAAUGCUGGGACUUCCCCGAACCUGCUUUCUGCAACAGUUGCAUCGAUUAGGAGAAACUUAUCCGCACCUCUCCCACCAUCAGCCCCCACAACAGCAGCAGUACCCUGUGCGCCUAGUAGUCCAGCUGUCCCACACCCCUCUCAACCGCUUCGUCUCGCCCACACGCCACCUGGCAGGUGGGGACAACCCACUCCGCCCGACCCGUGCCGCCCAGCAGUGUUUCCACUUCUGUGUCUGCCCCAGUGUGUCCCUGCACCUCCCCUGGGAUUCCCUCCUCCCACACCAUCUUCCACACCACCUGGCAGGUGGGGACAACCCACUCCGCCCGACCCGUGCCGCCCAGCAGUGUUUCCUCGUCUGUGUCUGCCCCAGUGUGCCCCUGCACCCCCACUUAGCUCUCUCCCCACGUCAUCUAUUUUUGGGGCGCCUCAUAAACUGCCCCAGUGUGACGCCGUACCUCCUCUUAGCUUUGCUCUUCCCACACCAUCCCCCUUUGCGGAGCCCAAACUACCCGCCCGUGCUUUCCCCGUACAAUCUUCCCCAAAUCUGCCUGUAGCAGCAAAGGUAACCCCACCUGCCAGCCCGGCUGUAGCAGCAGCGCCAGCCACAUCAGCCAGCCCGGCUGUAGCCGCUACACCAUCCCCGCCUUCAAAUCUGGCUGUAGCAACAGUGAAGACCCCACCAGCCAGCCCGGCUGUAGCAGCAACGCCAGUCCCACUAACCAGCCCAGCUGUAGCAGCUACAACAGUCGCUGCUGCCACUCCCUUAGAGGCCUGUGAUAGCCGAGGCAUGAGCAGCAGCAGCAGCCACAACAGCCACAGCAGCAGCAGCAGCAGCAGCAUCAGCAGCGGAAGCCGCAGCAAGAGGAGGAGGGAGGGGGAGGGUGGAUCUGGUGAUAAUCUCACCUGCAAGGAACAAUUUUUCUCCGUGCAUCCGGGGGGGGUGGCAUCAACAGCACCGCCUCUCCAGGGCCUUGAGGAGUUCACGAGGGCUGUGAGGGAGCGGAUUGCCAUGGGGGGUGGGAUGGUUGGAGAGGGGGGUGUGGGGGGUGGGAAUGUGGGAGGGGGGAGUGUGGCAGGGGGGAGUGUGGGGGGUGGGAGUGUGGGAGGGGGGAGUGUGGGGGGUGGGAGUGUGGGAGGGGGGAGUGUGGGGGGUGGGAUGGUUGGAGAGGGGAGUGUGGAAGGGGGGAGUGUGGGAGGUGGGAUUGUGGGAGGUGGGAUUGUGGGAGGUGUCACUAUCGGUUGUGUGACUGUAAUGCAGCCUGAGGCUGGUGCUGCGAUCUGUGAGGUUGCUGUUGGUGAGGGGAAGGAAUUGGAGGGGAGUGGGAGCAAGAGGACAGGCGUGAAAGGGGUUUCUGUGAGGAGGAGACGCAAUCGAAUCAAAUCGGAACGAUCUCGCCGGAAGCGAGUGAGUGAUGCGGUGGAAACCCUUCGGUUGCUGGUCCCGGCUCCUGUGUCAGCUCCAACUGAUAUGGCAUCCGUGCUAGAAGCGACAGCAGCAUAUAUUCGAGAAUUGCAGGGUCUCACAGACACGCUCCAAAGCAUGGCCUUGGUCCAAAAGACAAUUAGAGACCAAUAA